CUCUUCUCUCCCUAUACAAAAAGAAAGAAAAAAGAAAACCUGUCCAUCAUGAAACUCUCUGCCUUGACCAUUGCGCUUGUGGGCCUUGCUUCGUUCUCAUCCUCAGUGAGCGCGGCAACUUAUGCUAUUGCAGGCUUUACGACCCAGAACUGCGUCUUCAGUACAGUCGCAUAUACUACCCAACAAUCCGGAACCGACUUCAAGUGCCAUUCCUUUGGAAAGACCCUUCAAGGAGUUGCAUUCAAUGGGGACAAUUUCUGGUGUGUUAGCUUGUACGCAGAUGGCGAUUGCAAAAACAGGGUCAAGUAUUUGCGCGGUGGCGUGUCUGGGUGCCAGGCCGGAAGCUUCGAAGAGAAUAUCGUUUUCGAGGGUGAUCAUAUAGGAAACGAUAAUGAUUUCGGGUAUGAGGUCAGUCAUUCUGAUUCGGAUAGCCAAGGGGCCGCGAGUUCUGAAAGUUGUGUCGAUGAUGACUUCGAGCCUUCUCCUUCGGACCCGGCUGGAGAAUCAAACCUGGUAUAA